AUGAGCAGCAGUAACUCAGCAAUCGGAGCACUCAUCCUCGUUCCGAUUGUAAUAGCAGUAUCCGCAGCAUUUAUUGCCAUCAAGUUUUCGCACGUCUGCAAACGACUCGGCCGCCACCUCAAGAACUUCUGGAACGAGUCGGUCCCCUGGUCCGACACCAGCAAGGCCAACCGCCGCCGCAAGCUCCGGCGCUCUAAUCUCCGUUCUACUCAGCUGUACGCCGACUCGUGGAUCGAUCUCGAGAGUAUCGAUUCUCGUGAGGACUACAGCACGUUCGUCAACCAGACCCGACCUCCAGGGAGGAGGUUUGACGAAGAGGAUAUGGCAUCCGUCAAGGAGCGAUCGGCUCGCGUGGAGCUUCGCGAAUCCGCGGGUGGCGGACAAGAGCAACGAGAGAUCACAACGCCCCAACCCCUUCGGAUCAUCAAGCGUAGUCAGACCGUUGCCCACUGUGCAGCGCCGCGAGAAGCUAUCCGACGAAGUCGCGGAGCUUCUGCUGGGAGUGACGAGAGCAAGGGGAGUCCACCGCAGGGAGUCGACAGACCGUUGACGGUGAGGAAGAAGAGGCCAGGGCGGGCGACUGUGGUUGGGGUGGGGGCGGUUUUGGAUGAGCCUGCUGGGCAGGCUAGGAAAGGGAGUGUGGUUGAAGAUCUUUUGAAGCAGUACUCGAACCUGAAUGAGCCGGAAGAGGACUUGGAAGUCACGCCGAAAGCUCAAGCUCUUGCAAACUUAAGAGCGAACAGCGCUGGGGCUUUCCUCAAGUCGGAGCUCUACCAACACAAGCAAGACAUCGAACCCACUAGUCACGCAGAUCGAGACAAUCGACACUCUUUAUUUACACCUAAAUCGACUAUCCGAAGGCCUCCUCGGCCUCCACCCAGCGCGAGCCCGCCCAAGAUUUCUGAACGCCGUCCUUCAAAGUCUAAAAACUUCUUCCUGCGAGCUAUCGGGGGGCGCAUGUCGGAUGAUUCCAAGUCAGUCCGCCGUAAGGAGUCCGAAGUUUCAAAAGUCGCCUUGGUCCGUCGACUUUCGCGAAGCAGGAAGCCUAGCUGUGCCGAGUCUUGUACAGAUAGCAUCAUUUCCACAGACAGUGGUUACUCUUUCGAGCCUGGAAGCUUGGAUACCACCGAUAUCAGCGUUAAUUCUCGACUUUCUUCUUAUAUGAGGGGUUCGCCGUCUUACAGCUCAUCCGACAGGGCUGCUGGUCCAGACGUCUUUGUUCUUUGCCCUCAAAUCAUUAUUACCCCUGAAAUCUCGAGUCUUGAUACGGGAAACUGUUUCCUGUGGGUAGCCAUCGAGAUCACCGGUACACUUCAGAAGGCGGAUGGAUGCGAGAACCGGGAUAGUGGCGGCCGACUGAGCAAUGUUCACAUUUCAGAUUUAUGGCCCUAUGGCCGCUUACAUUCCAUGCGUAUUGACCUUCAUCCCGGUCGCGGCUGUCUCGUCUCGGAAAUCAUUGGCGAUCUCCACAAGACGAAAAUAGUCAGGGCUGGAGAAACUCAACUUAUCCUCGCCAAGAUACGAUUUAGCAAGUUCGUCCCACCUACUCAUAUCAGAGAGUCGUCGUCUGAUGGCCUGAUUGCCCAGUUGGAGAAUGACUUGGGCGAUACGCUCACUCCAUACCUAACAGUUCGGCUCACGUACAAGCACUCUGCGUUUCCCAACAUCAAGGGCCAUGCUACCACAGCAGAGGGAAUGAGCAUGCACAUCACCAGGCUGCAGACGGAAGCAACUGCUGUCAUCAAGAGGCACAAUCCACUGUCUGCUUGGUCACCUCGAAAUUCACAGACCUGUCAGACGAUCAACUCUCCACUUGAAGCCAAUCCUCUGAUCAAUCUGGCCGAAACUUACCUCCCAUCCGAAAGCGCCAGAGAUGUCAUUCGCAAAUUAGCAAGCGAACGAACUCCGAUCCCUUUAGAAAAAAGGUUUGAAAAUGCGGCAGGCUCGAGUGAGGAAACCGUCAAGCCCUUCCUCAACACGAGUAUUGCAGCUCGGAUCGGAAUACCAGAGCUUCCAUCUCCGCUGGUCCAGACUGCUUCAGCAAAGGGCACCAUGGCACCUCCUCCACUCACCGGCCCAUUCGCCCGUCUCGACUCUAUCCGCUCCACCUAUACUGAUGAGCGCCAUUCGGAGGACGUGGACCCCGCGCGCAAAGUCUGGAGUGAAAUGCGUCGUGCAUCCCGCGGGGGCGGCCGGUCUCGUCACCCGCGAGGUAGCAUCAGUGCGGAUCACUAUUUUAGCGUGGAUGAAGGAUGUAGCCCAAGUCAGCUCAGCUCGUUUGUAGAUUCGCCGUCGAAUCAUCCGAAUAGGAAAGGGGACAGUCUCAACGAGAUCAAAGAGGAGCGGAGUCGGAUUAUGGACUUGGCGCUGAAGAACAAGCGGAGCGUAGGACAAGAGAGCCUGAAGAGUUUUGUGCCGAGUGUUGUUGGGAAGGGUAAGGGGGCUGGUGGUCCGCUUAGCUCGCUGGGCCUGAGUGUUGGGCGGACGUGGGGGUGGAAUGGGAACUGGUGGUGA